AUAAAUCCCGGAGCCUCGGGGCUGCCAGCCAGAGCUGCGGUGCCCGAGGAGGACCUGGUGGCUUCUCCGCGCGCAGCGAGGGCAGCGUGUCCCGGUGGGUUGUUAUUAAAGCAUGUUAUAAACUCAUUCCACUGAAGUGCGAGUAACAGAUAACAGGAUGGAAGUGUGGAGCCCAGGAUGCGCUUGUCAGGAGGAGAUUUGUUAAUUCAUUCACCUUGUUGGUUUCAGUCAGAAUAUGGCUCCCAACGUGAAGUCAGCCAAGAAAGUAUUCGUUUUCUUAGGAAAAUCAGUAUUUAGUCUUCUGGAGACUGUGAUUUUUACCUUAAUCCCAAGGCCACGGAAGAACGUUGCUGGUGAAAUCGUACUCAUAACAGGUGCUGGGAGUGGACUCGGAAGGCUCUUAGCCCUUCAGUUUGCCCACCUUGGAGCUGUGCUUGUUCUCUGGGAUAUCAACAAGGAGGGGAAUGAGGAGACGUGCAAGAUGGCUCGGGACGCUGGGGCCACGAGAGCCUAUGCCUAUACCUGUGACUGCAGUAGAAAGGAAGAUGUGUAUCGAGUGGCCGAUCAGGUUAAAAAAGAAGUUGGUGAUGUUUCCAUCCUAAUCAACAAUGCUGGCAUCGUAACAGGCAAAAGCUUCCUCGACUGCCCAGAUGAGCUUAUGGAAAAGUCUUUUGAUGUGAAUUUCAAAGCACAUUUGUGGACUCAUAAAGCCUUUCUACCGGCUAUGAUCGCUAAUGCCCAUGGACAUUUGGUCUGCAUUUCAAGUUCAGCUGGAUUAGUUGGAGUAAAUGGGCUGGCAGAUUACUGUGCAAGUAAAUUUGCAGCCGUUGGAUUUGCUGAAUCUGUUUUCAUGGAACUAUUUGCCCAGAAAAUAAAGGGGAUCAAAACCACGAUUGUGUGCCCAUUUUUUAUUAAAACUGGAAUGUUUGAAGGUUGUACUACUGGCUGUCCUUCUCUGUUACCGAUUUUGGAACCGGAAUAUGUAGUCAGAAAGAUAGUAGAUGCUAUCCUGAAGGAAAAAGUGUACUUGUAUAUACCAAGAUUUUUAUACAUCCUGAUGUUUUUAAAAAGUGUCCUGCCCAUCAAGUUGAGACUGCUCAUAACUGAAUUUAUAGGCGCCUUCAAUUUUAUGGAUAGCUUCGUUGGAAAGAAAAAGAACUAAUGACUAACUCUAUGGCUGAUGUCAUCUAAAACCCAACAUCUAAAACCCAACAUACUGUUUAUUUCAAUGAAGAGAAGGAUUUUUGUCUGAUAGAAUAUAUCUGGAGACGAUAAGUACCAUUCUUGUUCUUCUAUCUGGGCUGGAAUAUUCAGCCAAUACUUUUGUAAAUAAGGUUGCCAUCUGCUUGUUUGUUGAGUGCAUUUUUUCCAUAUUACCUAAUAAUAGACAAACAUGUAAAUUGACCUCCAUUUUUUCAUAUUACCUAAUAAUAGACAAACAUGUACCUCCACUAUGCCCACAGCCAAUCAGAGUGAGUAUGCAAAUUAACCCAACAAAGAUGGUGGUUAAUUUGCAUACAUACCUGGGUCCUGGGGACCUCUUCGGCACCCAGGUCACUCCCACCGGAGGGGGGGGGGCCUUCCCAAGCCUAAAGCCUGGGGUGGAGGCUUAAUGCUUGGGAAAGGGCCGAGCCUGCGAUCAGAGGGAAGGGGAAAAAAAAUCAAUGGAAACAUAUCCUCAGGUGAGGAUAAAAAUAAAGAAAGAAAUGUCAUAU